GAGGGAGGUCAUUCAAAACCCGCUGGCUCCAGAACGGGGGGCGGCUCCAGAGGCGCUGCCGCAGGCGCCAGCACCGACUGAAGUUGCCCACCCCGCUCCCGAUCAAAAAUAGCGUGCGGGACUUCGAAGGGGCAUUCAAACUUGAAUUCGUGAGCAACUGCACGAACAUUGUGAAAAGGGGAAAGGGCGGCUGUCCGUGCACUUUCCGGAAAUGACGGAAAUAUAGUCCAGUGCCGCGAAGGCGAUAAUGUCUUACGAUCUGGAGAUCUCCGCGGAGACGGAUACGAAAACCCCCCGCAGAUGGGUAGAGAAUAUAAGGGGGACCCUAAUCUCCUAAAACCAGUUAUUAGGGAAUACCGACCAAAUGAGUCUGUCUGCCGCUUGAUUUCAUAACAGAGCCGUUAUUCCCGGCUGGCAUAGAAGUCUCUCGCGCGGGCGAAGGAGAUGCAUUUCAGGUACUGGUGGUAUUGGACAAGAAAAAAGGGAAUAAUUUCUUUCUUCUUUCUGCCUUUCUUUCCCAUGACGACUAGGAACAGGCAAAUAAAAAAUUUCACUUUGAAUUUCGGACCUCAACAUCCUGCUGCUCAUGGUGUUUUACGAUUAGUAUUGGAAAUGAACGGAGAAGUGGUGGAACGUGCGGAACCACAUAUUGGAUUACUCCAUAGAGGGACUGAGAAAUUAAUAGAGUACAAAACUUAUCUUCAAGCUUUACCUUAUUUUGAUCGUUUAGACUAUGUUUCUAUGAUGGCCCAAGAACACGCUUAUUCUUUAGCCGUAGAGAGACUUUUGAAUUGCGAGGUACCAUUACGAGCUCAAUAUAUACGAGUGUUAUUCUGUGAAAUAACUCGAAUUUUAAAUCAUUUACUUGCUUUAACUACUCAUGCUAUGGAUGUGGGAGCAUUAACUCCGUUCCUGUGGGCUUUUGAGGAGCGGGAAAAAUUGUUGGAAUUCUAUGAAAGAGUCUCGGGAGCCAGGAUGCAUGCCAGUUUCAUACGACCAGGUGGAGUGGCACAAGAUCUGCCUCUUGGCUUAUGUCGAGAUAUUGAUUCCUUCACACAACAAUUUGCUUCUCGUAUCGACGAAUUAGAAGAGAUGUUAACCGGCAACCGUAUCUGGAAACAACGAUUAGUGGAUAUUGGUACUGUCACUGCACAGCAAGCAAAGGAUUGGGGAUUCAGUGGUGUAAUGUUAAGAGGUCCAGGGGUAUGCUGGGAUUCGCGAAGAGCAGCACCUUACGAUGUUUAUGACCAAUUGGAUUUUGACGUACCAGUAGGUACCAGAGGAGAUUGCUAUGAUCGUUACUGUAUUCGUAUCGAAGAGAUGCGACAAAGUGUUCGGAUCAUUGUGCAAUGUCUUAAUCAAAUGCCUAGUGGAAUGAUCAAAGCCGAUGAUCGUAAGCUAUGUCCUCCAUCACGAUCUCGAAUGAAACUAUCCAUGGAAUCCUCAAUUCACCAUUUCGAACCUUAUACAGAAGGUUUUUCCGUACCAGCUUCUUCUACCUAUACCGCAGUUGAAGCACCUAAAGGAGAAUUUGGUGUCUUUCUGGUCAGUAAUGGAAGCAAUCGUCCCUACCGUCGUAAAAUAAGAGCACCUGGCUCUGCCCAUUCACAAGGACUCGAUUCUAUGUCCAAACAUCACAUGCCAGCAGAUGUGGUCACCAUCAUAGGUACUCAAGAUAUUGUGUCUGGAGAGGUGGAUAGAUAAGACUAAGGGAAUAAUCUUGUUUGGUUCGGUAAUGGAAUAAAUAGCUUGCCCGAACAGGACCCUAGCUUUAUUGCGAGCCAAAAAUCUUGA